CCCGCCGCCGCCGCCGCCGCGCGCGCAGGCGCGCCCCCUUCAGGCACGCGCCCGCCCGCCUUCCCUCACUCCCUCUCACACGGACGACAACAACGCCUCGGGAGCGAGCCGGGGACAAGUUUGUGCCUCUCAUAGCAGCAGCGGCGGCGGCGGACGAAAGCAGCUUGGUAGCGGACAGCCAUUGCUCCGCCCGCCCGGUCUUCCUCCUCCUCCUCCUGAUCCUGCUGGCGCGGGGAGCUUCACAGACCUUGAAAAUGUCUUCUGUCAAACGCCUUGUAUAUGCUGUCAUCCAUUUCUUGCGAGAACAGAGUCAGAUGGAUGCAUUCACAUCAGAUGAACAAGAAAGCUUGGAAGUGGCAAUUCAGUGUUUGGAGACAGUCUUUAAAAUUAAUUUGGAGGAUUCCCAUCUUGCAGUACCUAUACGUUUGACAGAAAUGUUUGAAGAUUCUUGUCACAAGAAUGAGAUACUGCCUCUCUCAGAUUCUUUGCCAGAGGAUCUUGAGAAAGCUGACCAGCUGAAGGAUGAAGGUAAUAAUCACAUGAAGGAAGAAAAUUAUGGUGCUGCAGUGGAUUGUUAUACUCAGGCUAUAGAAUUGGAUCCAAAUAAUGCAGUCUAUUAUUGCAACAGAGCUGCUGCUCAAAGUAAGUUGAGUAACCAUAAUGAAGCAAUAACGGACUGUGAAAGAGCUAUAGCAAUAGAUCCAAAAUAUAGCAAAGCAUAUGGAAGAAUGGGAUUGGCUCUGACUUCAAUGAACAAAUACCAAGAAGCAAUUAACAGCUAUCGAAAAGCACUGGACCUUGAUCCGGAAAAUGACUCCUAUAAGUCAAAUCUGAAAAUAGCCGAACAGAAGCUAAGAGACAUGUCCAGUCCUACUGGAACUGGAUUAAGUUUUGACAUGGCAAGCUUGAUAAACAACCCUGCCUUCAUUAGCAUGGCAGCGAGUUUAAUGCAGAAUCCUCAAGUUCAGCAACUGAUGUCGGGAAUGAUGACAAAUGCUAUAGGGGGCCCUGCGGCAGGUGUUGGUGGCCUCACUGAUCUGUCAAGUCUCAUACAUGCAGGGCAGCAGUUUGCACAGCAGAUACAGCAGCAAAACCCGGAACUCAUAGAGCAGCUGCGGAACCACGUUCGAAGCAGAUCUUUCAGCGGCAGCACUGAAGAGCAUUCCUGAUUAAAAGCAGCAUGUGAUAGAACACUGUUUUACUAAUUCCAAAAGGCAUACUGUAGCUAGUAGCAAAUAUCACCAUUGUAAUUCUUCUCAGACAUGAGACUGGAAAUCCUUUUGUGUGUAUUCCUUAUCGUCUGUUGAAAACAGAUUCAUUGCACACAGAUGUGAACAUAUCAUGUAUGUAUAUUGAUGCCUUUGUAAAUGGACUAUAAAUAAAACUGGUGACAGAUUAAAAUCUUUACAUAUAAGGCAGCAUUUUCGUAUCAAUGCACAAAAGCAUGCAAUUUUUCGUUCUCUUUUAAGAGAGUGGAUUUUUUGCACUAGGAUUGUGCGUUGAAAGAGAUCACCCACUUGUGGUGACAUAAUAUUACUUGUGGAGUAAUAAUGCUUGAUAGGCUAGUCAGUCCUAUGUAAAAUCUGUAUUCAAAAUAUAUUAAAUAAGGCAGCCUUUCCUCAAAACUGAAGGGUUGCCGCUGCCCCAGAGACAAGGCUGUGGCAAGCGAAAACAAUUUUGCAUGUCUAAUGUUGCAUUUCUUACUUUAUAAGCUUAUAAAGUGAAGACUGCUUUUUUCCACAUUGUGGGUCAUUACUGGGGUUUUUGAAAGGAAGGAGAGCAAUAGGUCUGAUUGUUGGAGUUGCUUCAGACUAAGAGGUUGUGGUGGGAGAUGGAAAGAGGGUGAGUAAGCCCUAAGCUGGGGGAGAAAUAAAUGGGUCUGUCUUGUAGGAGUUGGACCAGAAAGAUUUAAGCUGUGCAGAAUUUACGGGCCUAUGCGUAGGUACAGGGAAAGAGGUACAGCAUGUAGGCUGACAAGCAGGUAGUACCUACUAAGUUUUCAAAGGGAGCACUACUGUGAAAUAAUUGGAAACAUUUCUUAGAGGGCAGCUUGGGCUAGAUGUAAAAGGGGACACUUGGCCUCCUUCUUUGCUAUACUUGUCUUAAUAGACAGGACUUGCACAGCAGCAGUUCUGCAUUGCAAUGAAUGUAUUGAGAGGAGCAAGGAGAAGGAAAUUACGAAAGCCAUAUUUAAGACUUGUGAUUGAGCAAUAGGUGAUUCUCAGUCUCCUUAUCAGUUUGUAAUGGAUGGAUAGUGGGGAGAAUUUUAGAAGCCCUAGCCGGAAAAGGUGCACCAAGGGGUGUUGAGGAAAAAGCAGUGUAGAAUUAGAACAAAAGAUGGGGAUGAAAGCUUUCCCAGUAAUAUGCAGAAAUAGUCUCUCUGGCGUACACAGAACCCAAGAUUUUACCCUGGAGAUAGCUCUGAAAACUUUGAUGGAAUGACACCAUGUUUUUAUAAAGAGAUGAGUUAUAUGCUCAUACUAUCUAUUCAAUGUAGUUGUCAUGUGCCUGUUUACGUAAUCUGUGGUUUAUGUAACCACGUAUUGGUUGCACAUUAGAAACUGUCUUAAGGGAAAUCUGACAGCAGAAAGUUAAUACAGUAUGUAUGUUGUAGAUUAUCUGAAGUCAGCUUUUUGUUAUCCCCUUUUAGUUCUGCCUUUGUUCUGAAUUUUUAUUUGUUGCUGUUGUCUUUAUGCCUCUUCCUUCCUGUACGCACCUCCUGUCACUAUAUUUUUUAUACUGUAAUUCCAACCAAACAUACUUAUGCAUUUCUGCAGAACCAAUUUAGAAAGUCUAUAACGAGAGAGACUUUCAGGCUAACAAUAUAUUGCCACAUUCAGGAAGUAGUUCAUUGGAGGAUAUUCAGAAUGCUGAGCAGGUGGGAGAGCACAAAGAGUCUGUUGCAGUGCUGUUAACAUUUGACUUUUUCCUCAGCUACUCGCUCUACAAAGCAGCAGUCUUUGACCUUUGUUUUUCAAUAUACUUGGUCCCCAUUGACCUGUCCUUUUCCGAGUUCUCAAGUACCUUGGGUGUCUGGUUAUUGGCAUUAGGACAGUGCUUCAAGCAUAUUUUCAUUCAGAAGUAGGAGUCGCUGCUGAGCAAGUGUAAUUAGAGUACUGAAAAUAUGGAAUAUAAAGCUUGCAGUAUAAAGGUACAAUGCAAACUACUCAUUAAAUUGCUUUUGAGUAAUUAACAUUUAAAUUAAUUAGAAAUGGUGGUAGCUAUACACUGGUGUCCUGAACUCACUGGGUAGAAAUAGUCCAGUGCUGAUUUAACCAGUCAAGAUAGUGUUUUCAAAAGUAUGAUCAGAGAUGCAAUCUCCUUCAUGGCUACCACCCCAUAUUUAAGUUGCUGAUUAGCACCCGUUCAGAUGUUCAGUGAACUAACCAGAUAAGAUGUGUUUGAAACAGCAGAAAGUGUUGCAUUUAUGGCAAACAACUAGCCUUUUCACACUGUUAGAUCAGGCAGACUGUUUCCCAAAUAAAAAUGCACAUUCCAGGUAACAUUUUAGGUAGCAGCUAUUCACACCUGAAUCUGUUCUUCAGUUUUCCAUAGAUGAUUCUUGGAUCAGUCUUGUGUUGUUUGGAAUAAGUUUAAUAAAAGAACACUUAAAAUAAAGAAUAGUUUACUGUUUUCCAA